UCUUUGUGAGUUAAGUGCUCACUGUAAUAUUACUUUUUACUUUUUUUUGGAUAUUUAGCACUCAUAAGCAUAUUUAAUAUUUAUCACUAGAUAACAGCCACAACGACUGAUUGUAUUGAAACGUGUUUUCGGUGUAGUCUAAAAGUUUUAAAUCACGUCUUUCAAUGGUUCAAAACUAACCUAGUCAUCGACUGAGUUACGCACCCUCGUCUUCUUCAGUAAGUUGUGUGAUAUUUCAAAAGAUGAGCGGUGACAAAAUCAAAAGCCUAGUGGAACUCGCUAAUAAUAGGCUGAACAGCAGUGAAGAUUUUGAACAGUUUCAGACGUUCGUCUCUCAAGAGCUAGAUUUGGAUACCAUAUAUUCAUUAAUAGAUGAAAAAAUUGAACGUGAAGAUGGACCUAAAGUAUUGGAAUAUAUAUUAGUUGGACUUUCUGUGAAGCCUGAUUCCCAAAAAACCAUAGAAAAUGUUUAUGAAUAUGUAUUAAACGCAAUCAAUAUUGCAGAAAUUCCAGAAAAAAUGAAAGUAUGUUUGAUUAGUCGUUUAUCAUUAGAAUUAAAUAAACUAUCGACCAAGCAACUUAUCAAAUUUAUAAAUAUGUGUAAAAAAGACAUCGAAGAAUCAAAUGAAAAAUGUGUUCAGAGUUGGAAAGAAUUGCUUCCUCAUAUUUUAAAAAUAGUAUCUGAAAUAAAACUAAUUAGAACCGAAGAAAUAGAAAUGACAGGUGCUGAUUACAAAGAAAUGAUCAUAACUGACAUUUGCCGUUUUAAAGUACAGCCCAACAUCUCAGUAGCACUCGCACUAAUGUUUAGAGGAACAUUAUUAACUGAGAAAGAACAUGAAUUAGUAAUCAAAACAUUAUGCUCAUACUUUGGUCAAAUGAAACCUCAAGAAAUUCCACCUAUUCUGCAGCAAAUAUUGCAUUUCUGUUUAAGUGGAGAUUUUCUAACUCUUUUUUGUACUCUCCAAAAGUAUUUUGAUGAUAAGUACCAUUUGGAUCAAAGUAAUGAUGAAAACUUUGCCUUUGAAAUAGAAGGUGCAGGGAAGAAAGAAUUUUUAGAAGCUGAGAGUACAGUAUUAUUUCUGUUGGAAGAUUUUGCUAAAGUUCAUUCUUCAUUUGUUAAUGAUAUUACUAAGUACAUAAAAAAUAGUAUUGGUGCUCCUAACAUGGUUUUUGGUCCAUUCAUGUUGGCAUUUUUGCUAACUAUGUCUUGUUGUGCGCCUUUUGAAGCUAAUGUUAUUGAUUUGAUAAAAAAGCUUGUAGUGCAAUCAUUGGUAGAAGUAGAAAAUACUAAACGUUCGUAUUGGUUAAAACUCCAUUAUACAGAUAUAUAUGAUGUUUAUUCACAAUUUCAAAUAUUUAUAAAGAGCGAAAUAUCAAGCUAUGAAAAAAUAUUUAAAGGUCUUGUCAAUUUGGGAUUAUCAUUUCUUGGAACUACUUCAUCUGUAUUCAAGAAAAAUGCUGAGAUUAUAAAUACAGUUCAUCAGCUUGGUUUGUUCAUCAUAGUAUCAUUGGUUCACAAACGAUCAUUUAUCACUGGUAGUGUCUUAAGAAAAUUGACCAAUUUUAUUACAUCUAACCCUGAAUCUAAUCAAUAUUUAGAAUGUUUACAUAAACUUUGUAAAAAUCAAAAGUCAACAGUUAUUGAGAAUAAUACUGAAAUAUUGAAGUUGUUUAAAGAAAUACCAGUCGGCAUGACUGAUAAAGUAACUUGUGCAGUCAUGCCCGUGCUAAAAACAUCAACAUAUUUGCGCGAUAAUAUCAUCAUGAUUUUAAGAAAAGAACUUAUAUCAAAAGAUUAUCAGUUAAGACAUUGUGCAGUUUUGGGAUUUAUUGAAAUAUUGUGUAGUGUUCAUUUGGACAGUUAUACAACAUUAAGUCAGAAUACAAACAGUCAAGAUUCUUGGCCUGGAUUAUUUACUCAGAUGGUUCUUGAUCGAGAUUCUGUGGAUAUUCAUUCUGCUAUUGAUUCUGAAGAUACCGAAAACAAUAAAACAAUUUGUUUAGAAAUUUUGGAUUCGCUUAAAACAUGCUUUUACCAAAAAUCAGAAAUCAAACAAUCACUUUAUAGAGGAUUAAUCAGAGUGAUUUCGCAUAACAACGAAUUGUGUGUAUAUGUUAAUAGUUUGCUAUUAGAUCACAUGAGCUCAUGGUGCAACAGACUUUUAGUAGCAGAAAACAAAAAGUCAUUAAAAUUUGACAAGUCCAUAGUCAUAGGAAAAGAUAAUAAACCUAUUGUACUUGAACCUUUAGAUGAGUUAAUUUUAUUGGCUCAACACGUACUGGUUACAAAUAUACAGUUUAAUGACAAUAAUGACAAUAAUGACUAUACAAAAAUUGACGAAUUAAAGCAAUUACUCUGUCAGCUAGUAAAUUUCUACAGUGAUUGCAAUACAGAUGAAAUAAAAGUGAACGAAAAUGAUUGUCUUCUGGAUAUAAUUUCUGAUACCACGGAAAAUAAAGAGGUCAUUAAACAAAUACUAUGUGUUUACCAAGCGUUAAUGGUCUAUAUAGUUAAUUCGUGGCUUAGUUCUGACCAAGAUAAAGAAUGUUGUAAAAGACUACAAAAGUUAUUUUCUAAAUACAGUCAUAUUUUAGAAGCUGUUAUGGCAUCAGAUAAAACUAAUAAGAAGAAGGAUAAAGGAAAUAAAAAAAACAAAACUGAAUCAACUGGAGCAGUCUCUAAAUUUGUUGAACCCGCAAUUCAUUUAGAUUUUGAUGUACUUUAUAAGUUUCUUUCUUUACUUGCUAAAAAUGUUAAUUGGGCAUCUGAACUUAAUGUUGUACUGUUAAAACAAAAUGUGAGUUUAUGGGAAUUUGUAUUAAAACUGGUACAAACACAUUUAAUAGAAGUGAAGAAUUUGCUUUCACGUGAUAUAAAACCUCGUAAUUUAUAUGAAAAUAUUUGUAAACUGACAAAAUUGCUUUACGACUAUUUUCUAUUUGAUGUUUGUGAAAAAAUUAAAUUCAGUCAAACAGUUCUUGAAUUAGGAUUGGAUUGUUAUUUACAAACAAUAAAAAUUGUUAAUUCGUAUUAUAAAAACUUGAAUAAAUUUUUUUCUGACUCCAAUCAAGAAGAUUCAAAUGAGGAAUCAGGAGAAAUAUUCAAUGUGCUGCGUAAUAUGAGAUUAUAUUUAGAUCAAAUAUUACAAUUAAAUAAAAUUGAUGACGAUAGUAAUGAACAGGAUGAUAAUGAUGAUAAAGAAACAUAUGAUACAAUAGAAUCUCAUUUAAUUGGAUGUAUGUCUGUUGUUUGUCAUGGCAUAAAAAAUAAUCAGGAUUCUAAAAUUAAAAAUAUAUUAACCUGGCUAUCUACGGUAGCCGAAAAAUAUACAUUUUCAAAUUCAAACAACUCCAAACAGUUCUUAACUCUCAUGUUGGAGAUGCAUUCAGCAAACCAAGAAGAUCCUAUAAUGUUAGCGACUACAAUUAAAAACUUGUGUCAUUCAUUUGGUCGAAUAAGUAAAUCUCAUAAAGCCAACCAAUCACAAAUGAGACAAUUGAGAUUAAUAACUAAUUGGAACAGAGCAAUAAUGUGUCCCGUAUUAUGUCAAAACUUGUGCAAUGAGUUGAACUAUGUCGUGCAAUGCUUAUCUCGAAUCAAAGCUGAAUUGAACGCAUCACAAAAAAAAAUAAAACUUAUUUGUCAAGAUCGACUGAAAUCCCGAGAAAAAGCUAUCUGUCAUCGUAUUGUUUUAGUGGUGUUAUCUGCAACUUCAUUCACGAAAACAGUUAUUCCAUUGGGUCAAUGUACAGAGUCGGUUUUCAAUUUAUUAUACCAACUCUAUAGAACCAUCAACAUAGUUAUUAAACAUUUCCUAACGCGUUCCACUGUAAACGAACCUAUAUAUAAACAAGCUUUAUUGACUAAAUUGUCAGAAAUUGUUAAUGUUCAACUCUCACCAAAUGUUUCUAAGUUUAUUAUGUUUAUAGAGUAUGAUAGACCAUUGACGGAUAAAGAGAAAAAGUCUGCUCAAUUGAAAAAUCAAACACGUCGCCAAGCUUCUUACAUUCCCAGAGUGGUCACUGAAUUAGAAUUAUUUGUAAACCUAAUCACUAAAUUGGGAAAAAAAUGCAAGGAUCAAAAUUUGGUGAACAGUAUCAAACUCACUGCCACCCGUGACUUCAGACUAAAUAUACAGAAAGUUCAAGACAUGCUUAGCAAACAAAAUAAUUCAGAUGAAAGUGAUGAAGAAUUCACUGGUAAUAAAAGAUCAAAUGAUGCUGACGAGCAACCGCCAAAAAAGAAACGAAGAUCUGGUUCAAAUAUAUCUGUAGAAGUUUGAGAAGAAGCAUCUGCUAAAUGAUGUAUUUUUUUACAAUAUAUGAUAUUUUCAUAUCAACAUGAAAUAUCCAUCCUACUUCAUGGUACUAUACAUUAAAAAGGAUUUUUUUUUUACUUGCUGUGAAAUUAAUCUACAUUUAAGAUUUUUAUACUAUAA